GUACGCGAACCGUGACCUGCAAUUAUUUAUCAUAUUCAUUUUUUUUUAAUGCAGAGGAGCUGUUUAUACAGGCGUUAAAGUCACGAACGACCAGUGCACGGGCUGUUUAUUUAAUGCCCGAGAGAAAAUAUAAGUUUGCUAGCCUGGUAUUAGCUUCAUGUAACUGAUGACUUAGCUUGAAGGCUAGCUAGGUAGGUGAUGAUAGCGGCGUCUCAGCUGCUGGAUUUUUUUUGUUUAUUAAAUAGACGUUUGUCAAUCGGCAUUAAUUAACUUCUGACUGGUUGACCCGCACUGAACGUCACAUUUAAGAUAAGUUGUUACCCUGCUAUUGUCUUUUUGAGUAGUUAUGCGGUAUAGAUGUAACUCGAGUGUCUGUCACUAAUGUUAGCUCGCAGAUUAGAAGAUUCCGGGUCGAGCCAGGAAAGGUUUUCUCUGCGGCACGGACGCUCUAAACACAAAAUAUUGAUUUUUAAAUGUUGCAGCUCGGUUUUAAAGUGUUAAGAGGAGUCAGGCGGAGCUACAUAGUACGUUAUUGUAACUUCUUGUAACCCGUUUGAGCGACGGUUUACUUCUCUAUGACAUAAACAGCCAUGUCUUCAUGGGUGUCUGAAGCAGGAGAAUGAGUGCUUGCUUGCGAAGGAGAGGAUGCCACCGUCUUUCACUGAAGACUGUCCUGCUUAAUAUAUCGAUUAGCUGACCAUCAACUGAGGGGAGGAUUGGGAAGCCUACAGAGUCUCAGCGUGAGAAGCUAGCGCCCCCGGCUUUCUUAAUUAGUCUCGAUCAGCUCCUCUGUCCCAUGGCUGCUGUUAGUGGGGUCAACAUGCUGUCCCAGCUCGUAGACGUGGCAGGUCCAGGAGGAGCAGGGCUGCCCGCUGUGUCCUUAACCAACUCGUCGGUGCCCUCCAGCCCGACGCCAGGUACUGAUAACCGGGGGUGCGAGAAUGGCGCCUUGAUGGACUCGUUUGGGAUUUUCCUGCAAGGACUUCUCGCCGUGAUGGCUUUCAGCACGCUCAUGUUGAAACGCUUCAGGGAGCCCAAACAUGAGAGGAGACCCUGGAGGAUCUGGUUCCUGGAUACCUCAAAGCAGGCCAUAGGGAUGUUGUUCAUCCACUUUGCUAAUGUCUACUUGUCUGACCUCACAGAGGAAGAUCCCUGCUCACUAUACCUCAUUAACUUCCUGUUAGAUGCUUCUCUGGGCAUGUUGCUGAUCUACGCUGGGGUGAGAGCUGUCAGUGCUAUUGUAGAGUGGAGGCAGUGGGAUUCUCUGCGUUUUGGAGAAUAUGGAGAACCAGUGCAGUGCACAGCAUGGUUGGGCCAGUGUAUCCUCUACAUCCUCAUCAUGAUGUUUGAGAAAGUCCUUAUCAUGCUGGUCCUCCUCAUUCCCCAGUGGAAAAAGCUGGCUCUCCUCAACCCCAUAGAGAAUCCUGAUCUGGAACUGGCCAUCGUCAUGCUCAUCGUUCCAUUCUUCGUCAACGCCCUCAUGUUCUGGGUGGUAGAUAAUUUUCUAAUGAAGAAGCACAGGACAAAAGCAAAGCUGGAAGAGAGAGAGGAGGAUUCGCGGGGAAACAGCAAGGUGCGCUACAGACGAGCUCUAUCCCAUGAUGACUCGGAGUCAGAGAUCCUUUUCUCAGCAGAUGACGAAAUGGAUGAGUCAGAUGAAGAUGAUGUUCGUCGGUUAACUGGCCUGAAGACGGUGAAGAAGAAAAAACUUCGCAUGGGGAUCCCUGUUUGACCUGUGUGCCUCGCUAAAGUGCUACAUUCGAAUUUCCUCUGGUAGCUGUUCACCACACAGGCCCACACGUACAUUCCCCGUUCCUCCACAGGUUCUGAUAUCAACCUCUUUUCAAACAUAGGAUGCUCUCUGGUGGCAGAAGACUUUACGGUUAUUGGAAUCCGUUCACUGUUGACUCCUGGAGGACUCCUGCAUAAACUGUUAAACCUGGGAUUUAAUUUAACAAGCUGGGAGACAUUUUUGCAGUUAACCUGGUACUUUGGAUCACUGUUGCAUUUUGGCACUCCUGUAGCACGUGUUGAGUUUAAAGAUGUUUGGGGAAAAGAAAUUCUACCAUGAGCAUAUUGAUGUUAAAUCUUAAAUGUGAGUCAAGUAGGAAAAAGGUAACACUGGUUUAAUACUGUUUGGAUUUCAGUGGCAGUGUGUAUGAUAUUGUGUCCAGGACCAGGUUAGUUGGACAAAUCUAAAUGGCCACAACAGAACCAGACAUAAUGCAAACAAAUCUGUUGACGCAGUUGAUUACAUUUUAUACUGUAACAUGUCCCCUAAAGUGAUUGUAUUCCUGAUGUAGAUUCCAUGUAAACGUUGUGCUUUGUUUUCUCAUGUGGACACACCACCAUGGCCUGUGAUGUGUGUUUGCGCGUGUGCGUGCGUGUGUGUGUGCGUGCGUGUCUGUGUGUGUGUCUGUGUGUGUGUGUGAGAGAGAGAGUGAGAGAGAGAGAGGGCGUGCGCAGUUGGACACGCCUCAAAUUUAGAGGGAGCAUUAUGUCAGAGUGUUUGAAUCACUGUAUUCAUGUGACUAACACUUUUGAGCACAAUUACACACUUUACUACUGUAUACCUUGUAUGUAAUGUUACUCAUGUCAGAGGGAGCACAUUAAUGCUUGCAGCAACCUUCCAUUUUUACUGUAUCUUCUGGUAGGGUCCCUUCAACUGUUAAACCUAUAGGACUGCAAGUGCCACACUACAACAUCCUAAUAUCAACUCAGUCAGUCAUCUGUCUGUAGACACAAAGACUGCACGUUGUUUGUUUAUUUGUGUCUUUGUUUGUGUUACUGAUGUUUUCUGACUGUGUGUUCUUUGUCUCGUUUUCAGUUGUUGGGUUUUUUUAUAUAAGUUUUAAGUGUUGUUUUUGGGCCAAAAAGGUGACUAUGCUUGUUCCAAAAGUGUUCUUUAUUCCUUCACUCCAACAGGGAGAGUAGAUAUGGGAACCAUUUCUUGCACAAUUUCCCAUUUAUCAUAGCUUUCAUCUUUCCUUUUGUGUUUUGUGUGGUUUUUAAGUUUUUUGUUACAAUAAUGUGCCUGAGUCAAACUACCAGCGGGUGUUUUGUUUGUUUUUUGUUUGUUAGAUUUUUUUUUUUUCUUUCUUUUCAUGGUUUUUUCCAGAGCUUCAGAUCUUCAGGCAUGAAGCAGCAUUCAGCAGGCUCUGAUGUUAAGAAUGUGACAUGCAUAGACCUCUAAACUGUUAAGUGACUGUGGACCAGACGGACCAGAGAAAGUGUG